UGGGAGGGGAGCAUAACUCUGCAACUUCAGAGCGGAGAAACAAGUGACUGUCUGUACUUACUCUCCUCAUAUUCAAGGAAUCAGUCAUGGCUGCAGAAGCAAAGCAGACUUGUUAUGAAGGCAGUGAUGUCGAAAGCUUUCAGUUCUACCUAAAACACUCUGGAGAACACGAGGCCAUUCUCCAGUGUGUUCACAACAUCCUACCAGGACUUCUUAAAAGAACUGGAACAGAGAAGAGCAGCCUGGAUGUUCUUGGGGUCGGAAGUGGUGGAGGCGAGGUGGACACCCAGAUGCUCACUCUGCUGCAGUCCACCUUCCCUGCCGCCCCGAUCACGGCUGAAAUUGUGGAGGGCAGCUAUCAGCUCACAGACAACUUCAAAGCUUUGGUAGCAAAGACCACCAACCUUCAGAAGAUCCCGUUUGUUUGGCAUUUAAUGAACAGUGAGGAAUAUGAGAAGCAAGUCAAAGCAAAGGCAGACGUGAAGAAAUUUGACUUCAUACACAUGAUUCAGAUGAUCUACUAUGUGGAUAACCUCGCCAAUACAAUCAAGUUCUACCACAGCCUUCUGAAGAGCAACGGCAGGCUCAUGAUCAUCAUUGAAGCAUCUAACAGUGGCUGGGACAUCCUGUGGAAGACGUACAUAAAGGAGCUCCAGAGCGACAUCAUCACCGAGUACCGCUCAGCAGGAGAGGUUAUAGCUUGCCUGAGGAGCCUGGGUCUGAAGUAUGAGGAGCACCCCAUCCCCAACUCCCUCGACAUCACCGAGUGCUUCGACCCGAGCAGCCAGACUGGACAGCAUCUGCUGAAUUUCAUAACAGCGAAAGACUUCUACCAGUCCUUCACCCCAGAGAUCCGAGCAGGCAUGUUGGACCUUCUCAGAAAGUGCAGCACUGAAAAAGAUGGCAGAGUUUUCUUCAACAGCGACGUCACCUGUAUUCUGGUGUAUGCUUGAGUGUAUGAUACAGAAAAAAUAAUUCAUACAUUCUGAUUCCUCUUUUUUGCAUUUCGAUCAAAAGUGCUUUAUAUAUUGAUCAUUGCAAAGUUUUUCGAGUCUUCAGCUUAUAUUCAUUCCAUUAACUCUGUACAUGCAUCAAUAUGAUCAAU